GUGGAUGCGACAUGUGUCUCCCAGUGCACAAAGCUUGCCUGAAUAUUAGGUGCAGGUUUCGAGAUUUUGAGAACGUGGAUCCAACAGAGUUGCUUCUCUUAGUUUAACGUCAGGGAUUUCAGUCAAGUAUAGUCUCCUGACUCCUCUCGCGGUCUGUGAUCCACUGCUGUUAUCAUGCUUUGCGAGAAAUUAACGGAUGCUUGCAUUAUUUGGUCCUGACCUGCGCUUUUAUAAAAUUCAUAUCUGAUAAAAUGAGUCGGACCCCGUUCGGUCCAGCCUGUAUAUAUGGCGGCCUCCUACAUGAGAACUUCAAUCUGAUCUAACACAUCGGCCAGUGGUGUAUCCACCAUACGUAGACCAGGUCCCCUGAAAAAUUUCUGCAGUUCAACGAGAAGUUUAUGAGAAUGGAGACCUGAGCCAGGGAACUAACUUGGUGAACUGGAAUUCGAGGCUGUGAUCAUCUCUUCGCUUUUUGGAACAAGACGAGAUGGCGGCUACAGCAGCUUCGUCCAGUGUUCCAUUGCUGUGUCCGUACCCUCGGGGUCUCAAGAGUCAAGGAAAUCAAGUGACUGCACGGACGGUGCAAGGAAAUGUGAAUUGCAGAGCCAAGGAGAUGGCGCGACCGAGAGCGAGACCGAGUGGGCUGAAUUCUUCGAGCGCCGCCAUCGGCAGGAGGAGAGGGCGACAUGGGCAUUCUCCUUCGAGGCUUGUGCUCAGUGUGAGCCAGCUGAAGGCUACCGCGAGAACGGGAGCAGAGGCGUGCGAGGACUCGACGGAAGGAGAUGACGGCGAAGACGAUGCGACGAUCCAACAAGCACUCAUACAUCGACGACAGCUGCUGUGUGGCGCAACUGGGACGUUCUCCUAUCUCACUUCCGCAGGGUUCGGGAUUGCGGCUCCCGUCCCUCCGCCGAAUUUGUCCACAAAAUACUGUGAGGCAAUUCCCGAUGAACAAAGCUGUGAAAAUUGCUGUCUUCCCGAUCUUCUUAAGGCUCCGAUCGACUUCAAGUUCGAGGACCUCCCGAUGCGGAUCCGGAAACCGGCCCACAUUCUGUCCAAAGAUGAGGAAUACGUCAAAAAAUACAACCAAGCUUACGUCUUGAUGAAAGGGCUCGACCCAGACGACCCCCGCAGCUUCAAAGCGCAGUGGCACAUCCAUUGUGCCUUCUGCAUGGGCGCCUACUUCGAGCCCAAUAAUCCGAACGACAUCAAACUGCAGUACCACUAUAGCUGGGCGUUCGCCCCGUGGCACAGGAUGUAUCUUUACUUCCACGAGAGAAUUCUCGGGGACCUGAUCGGCGAUAAAAGCUUCGCUCUUCCUGUCUGGAACUGGGACAACCAGCAAGAAGGAGACGGCGGCAAUCAGAUGCCUUGGAUGUUCGCGCCGCUCAACUUCGGGGCAACACCCUCCGAACUGUCUAACGCGAUCAGAAAUCCGGAGCAUUUCCCUCCGCAGGUCGUCCGUCUGGACCCAUGCUGUUACUACGAGGACAUGGGCAUUGUCUACGACAGCAACUUGGCUUUCAUGCACCGUGCGGUGGUCUCCUCGGUAUCGAGCACCAAUUUUCUGGGGAAGCCUUACAGGGCGGGGCAAACUGAAGACACAAAUGGUCCGGGGAGUAUCGAGGAGAACGGGCACAACAUCAUCCACUCUUGGACGGGUUCCAAUUACUUGAAAAUUCACCCUAAUAAUUCAGAUAUGGGGACAUUCUUGUUCACAGCAAAAGAUCCCAUCUUCUACAGUCACCAUGCGAACGUGGACAGACUGUGGACUGUGUGGAAGAGUCUCAAGAUCGAUCCCUCGACUCGGAGAGGCUCGAGAAAGCGAGAGGAUCCGACUGAUUCUGAUUUCCUCGAUACCCAGUUCGCCUUCUAUAAUCACAAGAAGGAGCUCGUGAACGUGAAGAUUAGCCAAACUCUCCACACCGAUCGUCUGUGCUACAAGUACGAGGCGUUGGACAGCGACCAGGAUUGGAUCAACUACAAGUUUAAGCCGUCCGGUUAUGAGAAACCCAGUCCGGGAGAGAUUGACAAGUUGGGGCCGGACACAGUUCUCAAGAAGGGCGUGUCCGUAUCGGUUCCGCUCUCAAGGAUAGAGCCUACUCCGAGCCCUGGGGACGAACUUGAGGAAACUUUGGUAAUAUUAGGUGUGCAGGUGCCGAGGCACUCGGUCUUGCAUUUCAAGGUAUACAUCAACUUGCUCGAAGCCGGUGUCUGUACCCCGUUGGGAGUUGAGAAUUUUGUGGGUGUGAUCGCGCACAUUCCUCACUCGGGAAGCCAUGGGAAGAGACAUAAACGGAAAGUUGACUUCCGAAUCAGCAUAGGAGCUUGUGUGAAAGCCUUGGGAAUCGAAAGAAACGAGCGAGUCUCUGUGACUUUUGUGCCCGGAACCCUCUCGGAGGAUGUUGAUUUUGAUGGAGUGGCGGUAGAGUGGAACUGAGAAUCUCUCAACCAACUCGCACGUUUGAGAGUCUUCUCCGAUAUAUGUUUGCCACGGCUGCAGGCACGAUUGUUCUUUAAGUUCAAUCUCUAGUCCUCGUCAUAUAUCACGACUAGUAGCUUAAUGGACUCAAUGUGGUUCUUGAUUUCCUUUCUUUUCACCCUCGGAUCUCUCAGGAUUUGCUAAUAUUUCCCAAUGCAGACUGCCUGGAAUUUUCGUUCAGAUUAAGAAGACUUGUAUUACCUCGCAUCUAAAAGACCAUCCUCACGAGUCUAUUCCAAUCUCGUGUUGCCGCACACGUGUCUAGACUUUCUUAGAAUAUCCACUAUCUCUGUAUUCUUCCCUCCUCGAGGUAUCUCAUCAGUUAUCCUAGUGUUCUGUCGAUCUUGCCUUCUUUUGUCUGAUCUCAUCUAUAUCGAU